AUGAUAUCAAUGGCGUCAGAUCUGACGAUAUCCUCUAAUUUGAUCUCAUGGUCUUCCAAUGGAUUCAUUGCAUACGCUUUACCAAAUACUCACAACAAAGCUAAUUUGUACUUGACAUAUUUGGAGAACUUAAAUGGAAGAACAUGGCAGAUUGCUAAAGAACAGGAAAUUGCAGUGAAGCUCGACAAACAUAUAACUCCUGAACUUUCGUUGGUGUCUUGGAGCAAUUUAAGCACAGAUUUAGCGGUUUCAGAUAAGUCUGGUAAUUUAUUUAUAUUACUAGCGGGCGUUGGAUUUUUGAAAAAUGAUAACCAUGAAAAUGGUUCUUCAAACGGGACCCCUUCCUUAGGUGUGGCACCAACUUACGAGCUCACGUCGUAUAAUCGUAUGGAGAUAAUAUAUCGUCAUAUAAUUGACCCUUCACCACCUGGAAACUUGAGAAGUUUGAACCUGAUUGUUGAAAUAAAGUGGCUAGGUAUAGCAAAACUGCAAAUAGUUAAUAAUCCAGCAACAGUGACCAACAUGGAAAAAAAUGUGCUGCAAGCAAUGUCUCCAUUUGCUUAUACCUACAGUGUUAGUCAACAUCAACCUCAAAUAGCGACUCAUCCAAUUUCUACCAAACAAGCAUGCUUAGCCUUACGUCAAAAUGGAGUCUUGAAUUUAUAUUAUCAAGGCGAACAUAGAGUGGAUUAUUACAGUAUAGAAACAAAACUUAGUGAUGAACCGCUCUUCAUAACUCAUGCUUCAAUUGGAUUUGCAGACAAGCAAAGAAUAAUAAUAACGGCUUUUGACAAACUUCGUCAUAAAAUCAGUACUUAUUUGGUGGAAAUAGAUUGGAAAUAUUUAGUGGAAUCUGCGAAAAGGCAAAGAAGUGAUCCACAUUAUCAUACUCCUAAGGAGUCGCAGAGUCUACCAACCAUGAGUGUCAAAAAAAUACAUGAAAUGGAGCCCAUGGCCACAUAUAUCGAUAGCUGUAAAAAGGAGGAUGACGAUAAAAUGGAGGUCGAUACUUCUUAUGAAAAUGAGAGGGAUAACAAUUUAGUAUCAGAAAUUGGAAGGCUUGCUUCAAUCGAUUUAGCCUCAGUUUACUACGAAGAAGGUUCACAACUAAAUGUACUAAUUAGCUAUAUCUCAGAAUUUGAGGCAGGAAAGGCAUCAACGACCAUUUAUCGUUACGAGUUACAUGACUCUUCAGAUUUGGUUCCGGAUGCUUUCACUGAGAUUGGAUCUAGGAAAGGAGUUUCACACCCGAACAAGUCUUAUAUUAAUGAUUACACUCUUGUAUUGAUUGACAAGUUGAUGCGGCCCGGAAAAAUUCAGUCCAUCGAAACGGCUUUGAAUGAUUCAAUAUUCUCUUUUAUAUUUGAAAAAGGUAGAGUGGAUGCUGUCGAAAGAAAAAGCAUGAAACUUGUGAGUGAAAAAGAAGACACCAAACCUACAAAUCCACCUUCCACCAUAUCAAACAUUUUUGAUUCGGGGUUCAACUUUCCCCCGAUCGACGAAGGAGGAAACAUGUUGUUUGCAGUAUCACCCAACUUCACUUCAGUGGUUUAUUUAUCACUUGACAAUGAAGAACGUCAGCUUAAUUUUAGAGUUGCGGAAAAAGCGAUAUAUUUGGAAAUUUUACCCAAAGAUCUAUUCCUUACAGCAGUUGGAUUUGCAUUUAGACACGCAUAUGCAUGCUAUACAAACUCUUGUUCCGAUGACUUAAUAGUUAUGAUUCAAGUCGAAAUUCAAAGGGUGUUGAAGUUACUUAACAAGAACGCACCAGAAAAAACAAAGCUUUUUGUAAAGAAGUUUAUUGAAUCAAUAAUCUGCGAAUCACAUAAGGCUAUAAAUUUCCAUCUUGAUGCAUUUGGGAAAGAAUCGGUAGAUAAACUUCUUUCGAACCCACCUUUACAAAAACUAUUAUCUUUGCAAUUGGUCUUAGGUGAAUUUCUGGAGCAAAAGAUCAUAAGCGAUAUAUCGUGGAUUGUUUUAAAUCUUAGAAGCACAAGCUUUGGAAUUAUGUUUCUGCUUUCUAAUAUAUAUCGUCAAAUUUCAAAGAAAAAGCCCUCAGAGGAUACUCUACAGGACUCUGUUGCCAAAGGAGAAUGUAUUAUGUCGCUUAUUGGAAACAUAAAGUGGUUGAUUGAUUUGAUGAUCUACUUGAAUCAAGAGCUUUUGCAGCUUGCAUACACGAAAGAUAGUCCUGCUUCGAGCAAGGUAACAUUAACAAACUCAGUUGCUCUACCACUCAUUCUUGCAAAAGUUCCAAGGCUCUUUCUUAUGUAUGGCUUGUCAUCGAUAGGAAAGACGAAUGAAAUUUUAAAAAAACUCCACAAAGAGUUGUCCGAGAGUGCUGAAUUUUUUAGCCCUAUGAGAGAAGCAUUGAACAGAUAUUUUACAAUCUAUAAUCAUUCACCUUUAACAUUAUCGUUGUUUGAAAGUUUUUUGAGAGAAAGUGACGUAUAUAUCACUAGUGAAUUGAAUAAAAUUGCAGGUUCAGAGAAGGCACAAAUCCUUAAAAUAGAACAAAAACUCGCUUGUCAAGGAGAAAUUCCAGAGCAGUUGAUCCCAUUGGCGAAUAAGCUAAUAGAAAAUCAUAACACAAGUAUCAAUAGAGAUUUUAAAUUGUCCGAACUAUACUUUUGCGAUGUGGAUUGGAUAAAUGUUGGGAUGCCCAGUUCUGUUGGCUCCUCACCAUUAUUCCCAGAAGAUGAUAUAAUAAUAUCUGGCUCUAAUGAAACUAGUAGUUUUAGCCCCAGAGUCAAAUUUUCGAAGACUGAGUGGAUUGAUGGUUUACGGAAAAUUAUAAUACCACUUGAGAAAGACAAUAAUUCAGCUUUGCGAAAGUGUACGAGAUGUAGAUCUGUAUCCCUCGUUUCUGAUCCACUUAUAUUCAACUAUAGAGGAACAAGGGGUCUCUGGACCAUGGUUUUUCAGAGAACUUGCAUUUGUGGGAAUGCAUGGGUCAACUGUCAAGUAGAAUAA